AAAAUACUGAAUAGUACUUUCGUUCUGUAUUUUCUCGGGUGAUGAUGAGACAAAAUGGCAUUUUCUCGGUUUCCACUCAUUGACUCUAAUUUUCAAAGCUUCUGUGUCUCCCACGGCAUUUUCUCUGGUUCCGUUCCCCUUUCUCUCUACCGCUUUUUUCUUUUUCGAUUUCUUUUUCGAUUUCAUUGUUUUCACACACGCUCACGAUUCCACGAUUUGCACGAUCUCGACGCAUUACUUUACUUUACGGAUAAUCAUUCCACUUCACAGACCCUGAAGCAGGGAAUUGACCAGCUUAUCUCAAUAAUAGACGCUCUUCAUCCACCAUUGCUAAACGGUUUGCAGCUCUUGGAAGAUGCUCAGCGUAAUAAACAUGUUUUGUCCACUGGAUGUGAAGGGAUUGAUACAUUGCUCAGAGGUGGAUUACGUGAAGGGCAAUUAACUGAACUUGUUGGGUCAUCCUCGUCUGGAGAGACACAGGUAAGAACCCACUCCUUCUCCAAAAAUCAUAUCUUGAGUAUGUUCUGUUCAAAUAUAACUUAACUGGACAGUACUAAUAAGAUUUCAUUCUUGAACAAAAAUCUAUUUUAGGGUUUAUUUCAUCUAUUCUAUGACCUGAACUUUCAUUCUUGAACAAAAAUUCAUUUUGGGGUUUAUUUCAUCUAUUUCAUGACCGGAACUAAGAGAUACACAUUACACCACGAUUUUGAAUCAGAAGAGAUAUCUUAAGAAAUGAGAGAUCUAUUCACUCUAUCAAUAACCGAGUCAGAUCUGGUGUACCAUAAGUAAUUUGCUUUUUCUAUUGAUUCCUCCGGAUUGGGUCAAAAACAUUUCUUGAAUGAGUUAUCCAAUUCUAGGGAUGAAUCGAAAAAUCACUCUUUAUUGAUUCUACUUCCUCUCUUUUACGUAGAAAAUGAAUCUUUUCAUAAAAAAAUGGGUUCAGACCUCUUGCGGGAAUAAUUUGGAAGAUCCAAAACCUAAAAUAGCUGUAUUUACUAGCAACAACAUAAUGGAGACAGUGAAUCAAUAUAGAUUGAUCCGAAAUCUGAUUUAAAUCUAAUAUAGCGCCGACAUUUUUUUAUUCAUUUAUUUUUAUUUUAGGCAUGCCUACUGUCUGCCUCUGCCUCAACUCUUGUGAAGCAUAAGAGUUCAGUUAUAUACUUAGAUACAGGUUGAUAGUAUUGUAAAAAUAGUUUAAUUCAAUUGUUUUUUCCUCGAA